AUGGUCCGUAACAAUUUCUUAUCUGACAACCCUUCUUAUCACCACAAUGUAUCUCUCGUCCUAGUGCGUGAUGUACCAAACAGAGAUAUAUUUAAGGGAGUUUUGUAUUCUUUUUUUGGGGAGAGAUUUGAAAAUAGAGCCAAAUUAAAUCUGCCAAAUCCAUUUCAAGAAGGAUCUGAAGCUCCUUAUCGUUUUCACCGUUUUAAUAUUUUAAAUCUGGGGGAUUUUAAUAACUUUAUUUGUGUCCAAUGUCAUCUUCGUCAUAACUCCAAAUGGGAUGCAAGAUUUGCACUAUGGAAUCCAACUACAGACGAAUUCAAGGUCAUUCCUCAUAGUCAUAAUAGGUUUCAACCGUUUGGUGCAAAUGCUAGCCAUGAUGUGAUGAAUUUUCACUCAAGUAGUCAUGUUUUUGGAUUUGGCUAUGAUUCUUGUACAGAUGACUAUAAGAUGAUUAGUUAUGUGACAUUUUCAGCCCCACCGUUCUUAGAAUGUAUCGGUUAUGAGCCAUUGGGAGAUACACCUGAACCUUUCUGGGAGAUAUACAGCCUAAAAAGUAACUCUUGGAGGAAACUUGAUAUUGUUAUUCCUAUAACACAAGUUUUCGCAGGUAUGGAAGCCAAGGUGUAUAUGAAUGGAAUGUGUCAUUGGUGUAUUACAAUCAAUUCUGAUUCUGAUUCUUAUUUUGAAUUUGAAUCAAAGUUGGUGUCCUUUGAUUUGAACAACGAGGUGUUUUUUACCACACCUAUACCCUCAGACAUAUAUGAUGGCUCUCCCAGAGAAGAACGUAUAUGGAAACAAUUGGUGGUGUUAAAUGGAUAUAUUGCCUUGAUCACAUAUGAAGAACAAAUGACUACUUGUAACAUAUCAAUUUUGAGUGAACUAAGUGUAAAAGAAUCAUGGAUUAAACUCUUCAUUGUUGGACCGUUGCAUUGCGUUGAAGAACCUUUUGGAAUGGCAAAGGGUAAAAUAAUCUUCAAAAAGAAAGACAGAGAAAUAAAUUGGUUUGACUUAAGAACCCAAAUGAUUGAGGAGCUUGAUAUUAAAGGAGAAUAUUGUGAUAUAGCAGUUUACAAGGAAGGCCUUCUUCCAAUUGGUGGAAUAAAUAUGUAA